AUUUGACUUGCAGGAUGACGCAGGAUAAAUCUAUCUCAGAUUUGUGAAGUUUGAAACAGUGCUUCGAACGUCAUUGGGUAGUUUACUUCAGUUUUUAUCUCAAUGGAUUUUAAGUGGCAAUUUUUGAAAGUGUUCGAUUAGGCUUAAACAAUGAAACUGACAAAUUUCGGAACAUUUAUUAUUUACAUUUAUUUAUUAUUGAAAACAAAACUAAGUUUUGGAAAAACUGCCGAUAGGCAUACUCGGAAUGUUCACGAUGUCCUUGAUAUUGUGCAAAAUGCUAUGAAAGUGAUUGAAACCGCCCAUAGUUUAGGCUUAAAUAACGAUUUUUGGUUGAAUAGAGAUGUGCAUGACAAACUGUUUCAAAGUAAACUUUUAAAUUUGAUACCUGUCUUCAUAAAAAUUUCUAAAAAUGCUCGAAUUAAGAGAUGUUUGCAGGAUUUGUGGUAUCUGAAAGAAAAUCUACAUUUUCGGGAUUUUGAAGAUUCAUGGGCAUGGAAAAUGAUAGAUUCAUUUGGAAAGCCGGAAAGUGGUUUCUUGGAAGGAAAUCUUAAGUGGGUCGGAAAUUUUGAUGAAUGUAGAAAUGCAUACGCCCCCAAGAAGAAAGGAAGCGAUGCUGGUGGAUAUCAUGGGCAUUACUGCAACUUGAAACUCACCCUCAUGGAUACUUUACCAAUGAGAAUCGGCAUUUGUUUACCAGAAACUUGCAAUCCAUCUGAUUUUGAACCAAUUUUGAAUAUUUCAAAUUUAAUCCCUCCAUUUUAUAAGCCAGACAUCAAAUUGAAAAUUGAGUCUUUAACAUGUAAAGGUCCACGAAUUAUUAGUAAAGUUGGAAUCAUAACAAUAAGCAUCAUAUCAGUGUUUAUCCUUUUGGCCAUUUUGGGCAGUACUGUGACAGCAUAUAAAAAUUAUAACAAUGCGAAACCCAAGGAAGAUCUAAGGCGAUAUGAAGGCGAUUUGAAAAGUGUAGCUGUUAAUUUUGAUUCAGAAAAAUUAACUUAUGGAAUCCCAAAGGUUCUCUUUGUUUUUAAUGAUGAAAUACCUUCGACAAUUUUGGGUCCAGAGCGCGUAUUUUCAAGACAAGAUUCGUUUAAGAUAAGAAGAAACGCUGAAACAGUUGUUGUAAAACCUCUUUAUUACUGCAUUGGUCGAAAAUUUGAAGGUUUAAUCUCCAAAUGUGACGCAUUUUUGAAUUGUUUCUGUGUUUUCACAAAUGGAUCAAAAUUACUGAACGCAAAUGUUGAAGACGGACAAUUAUCAUGCAUUCAUGGCAUUCGAUUUCUAAGUAUAACAUGGGUUAUCCUUGGCCAUUUAUAUUUAUCAAUUCUUCUAACGGCAAGAACUUACAAGGAUAUUUUACCGCGUAUUGACAAUUUAUUUUUUCAAGUCGUACUUAACGCUUGGUAUUCUGUAGACUCCUUCUUCGUAUUAAGUGGAUUUCUCAUGUCUUAUUUAUACUUUCAAGAGCGCACUAAGAGAAGGAGUGAAAUAGCUUGGAUUAAUUUCUACUUUCACCGUUUCUUAAGAUUAACACCGAUCUAUGUGAUUGUCCUGGCUUUUUUUGCUACCGUUUUACCUUUAUUGGGAUCAGGACCUUUUUGGUAUUGGUUUGACUUUAAAGUUGAAGAACAUUGCCAGAACACUUGGUGGCGGAACCUCCUUUAUAUCAGUAAUUUUCAGGAUUUACUUGACCAGUGCAUGCCUUGGUCUUGGUAUCUUGCUAAUGAAAUGCAAUUCUUCAUCCUCAGUCCCAUAUUUUUGAUAACACUCUGGAGGUGGCCAAAAACGGGUUAUUCAGUUUUAGUUCUAUUUUUAUGCUGUUCCUGGAUAUCAGGGUUCGUGAUUACUUACUAUUAUGGAUUAACUGCUGGUUCCAUUAGCAAUCCCAAAGACAUAGCAAAAGAUCCUGCUGGAUAUGUUUAUAACUGGAAAACAUUCAUGGAUAAAAUUUACAUAAAGCCAUACAUAAGGAUUGCACCAUACAUCAUCGGAAUAGGUCUUGGUCAUAUCAUGUUUAAGAGAAGAAAUGCAAGUUUUAAAAUCAACAGAAUUUAUUUAUGGCUUGGUUGGUUAAUUGCAGUUCUAGUUGCAUUAUUCUGCGUUUAUGGCUUAUAUGGACAAACUUUAGGAAUAGUAGGAGCAAGUUUCUAUAACGCUUUAAGCCGAACAGCUUGGGCUUUAAGUGUGGCUUGGGUGAUUUUUGCAUGCUUAUCUGGAAGAGGAGGAGUUGUAGAUAAGAUUCUGUCUUGUAGAAUUUUCAUCCCUUUGAGUCGGAUAACUUUUUGUGCAUAUCUCAUCCAUCCACUUUUUAUUGGUUCUUAUAUGUUUACUUUACGAACUCCUCUAGCUUUUUCGCACCCAACAAUGGUUUUGUUGUUUUUGGGAUUGAUUAUGCUGAUUUUUACUUCCUCAAUAUUAGUAUCACUGAUAUUUGAAUCUCCGGUGAUUAGAAUGGAAAAAAUGCUGAAUAAUAAGCUUCAAUCACGAUACAAAUGUUCCUAAGUUAUGCAUUAUCUUUCAUCUUAAUUAUGAUGAAGAUACAAUUAAAACUGUUAUCUGAUUUUAUUUCGCUCAGACUUUAAAAUCUGAUGAUGUACAAGUUCAACUCAAGAUGAAAACAAUCAUAAACUGUACAAAUUUA